ACGUCCCCAUGCAGCAGAACAUGGCUCUGUUUGAGUUCAACGGCCAGUGUGGCUAUCUGCUCAAGCAUGAAUUCAUGCGGCGUCCAGACAAGCAGUUUGACCCCUUCUCUGUGGACCGCAUUGACGUGGUGGUGGCGAGUACCCUGUCUGUCACGAUACUCUCUGGUCAGUUCCUCUCUGACCGCAGUGUGAAGACGUAUGUGGAAGUAGAGCUGUUUGGGUUGCCAAGGGACACAAAACGCAAAUACAGAACCAAACUGACCUCCACUGCCAACUCCAUUAACCCUGUGUGGAAAGAGGAAGCUUUUGUUUUUGAAAAGAUUAUGAUGCCUGAGUUGGCAUCUCUCAAAAUUGUGGCUUGGGAGGAAGGAGGGAAGUUCAUCGGUCAUCGUGUCAUUCCUGUUAUUGCAGUGCACUCAGGCUAUCACCACAUUUGUCUCCGCAGUGAAAGUAACAUGCCGCUCACCAUGCCCUCUCUGUUUGUGUACCUGGAAGUUAAGGACUAUGUUCCUGAUGCUUGGGCAGAUCUGACUAUUGCACUCUCCAACCCCAUUAAGUUCUUCAGUCUGCAAGACAAGAGAUCAGUUAAGCUAAAAGAUGGCUCCGUGGAGAGGCUUGGCACCCAGAGGAACUUUCCAUGUGCCGAAACUAAUGGGAUACCAGACUCCACUGGAAAAUUCAGCGUUCCUCUUUCAAAUGGGCCUGCAGGAGCAGCAGCUUUUGCCAAGGAUGAAAACAUGAUAGAAGUGAUGCAGAUUGCAGAGCCACAGACAGCCAGCCUCACAGAUCUGCAGGAGAUGAAGCUCUUCCUGAAGCUGCUGAAGAAGCAGGAGAAGGAACUGAGGGAGUUGGAGCGGAAAGGAAGUAAAAGGAGGGAGGAGCUGCUGCAGAAAUAUUCUGCACUCUUUUCGGAGCCCGUCUGUUACGGAGGCAAGAAAAGGAUGAUGCGAACUAGGAAAACCCAGAAGAAGAGGAGUUUGACAGCAGGUGAGGUUGGUACAUGUGCAAAUCCUGUAGAAAUGGCAGAAAGCAUUGAUAGCCAAGUUUUGGAACUGAGAGAGAGGUUGGAGAUGGACCUCAUCCACCUGGGGGAGGAACACCACGAUGGGAUACGAAGGAAGAAAGAACAGUACGCCACAGAGCAAGUUACCAAGCUAAUAGAGCUAGCCAGAGAGAAGCAUACAGCUGAGCUGAAGGCACUGAAGGAGUCAUCAGAAAGCAAUAUUAAAGACAUUAAGAAGAAGCUGGAGGUGAAAAGAGUGGACCGAAUCCAAACCAUGAUGAGGAAUACCAGUGACAAGGCUGCUCAGGAGAGGUUGAAGAAAGAAAUUAAUAACUCUCACAUUCAGGAAGUGGUGCAAACGAUCAAACUGGUGACAGAAAAGACAGCCAGGUAUCAGCAGAAACUAGAAGAGAAGCAGGCAGAUAAUCUGAGAACAAUCAAGGAGAAAGAAAGUCAGCUCCAGCAGAAGGCACUGGCAGAGUAUGAAGAGAAAGUGAAAAGUCUGAAGAUGGAAGUGCAGGAGAUGGUGAAGAACUACGCAAAAGCAGGCUUUCCUGGAGAGCCAGAGACUCAGGAGGAGGCAGUUCAGAGCACUCCUGAGGUAGAACAAGGCUCUACAGCACAACUGGAAGAAAAGAUCCCAGUGGCAGAGGUGUCAAGGCUUACAGUAGCCAUGGCUGAGCCCCCAGGCGCUGGAACAGAUGUCGAGAUUGAAGAAAGCGUAUUUUGA